AUGCUGCACGGGGAGGGGGCUCGCAGCUCUAUCGGUGGACCCGGAGGGCCUCAGCCAAACACCAUCAAUGAUCGCCUGAUGAGCGUAUUCGGAUGUCUCCAAUUUCGCUACCCAUUGCUAGCGACAGAUUCAAGCAUCAAUGCGGCUAAGGGCCGGAUUGUGGAAGGGGAUGCCCCAACAGCUCUCGACGAGAUUACCAAACUAGCCAAGCUUGCCAUUGAAUCAGGCUCCGUGGUGGACACCGGUACAGUACUCAGCAAUUCGAAUAGGGCUCUCCGUCUUCGAAUAUUUGAAUUAACCUGA